AGUAGUUGAUAUUACAUUUCGCAGAAAGUUUGUGUGACGUAAUUCUAGAGAUAGAGAGAUAUAGAAGGCCGCCGGCGGGGGAUCUCGGUGAAUUCACAAAAAAUGGAUUUCUUUGAGAAAGAGCUAAAAAAUUUUAAUCCUUUGUGUCUUUAACCUUUUCCUUUCUUUCUUUCUUCAAAUUUCCUUUAUUGGGUUCUUGUAUUCCGGCGAGAAUUUUCAGAUUUUCCGGCGAAAUAGACGUUUGUCUAUUAAAAUUCCGGUAAAAUAUUGGGUUUUCCGGUGGUCUUGUCGUUUCCUUUUCUUCUAAACUUCAUAAAUUCGCAAUCUUUAUGACUUUAUGGGUGGUUGAUAUGAGGACAAAAAGGUCAAUUAGUAGCCUCCUCUUUCGUUAUUCUCUUAAAAUUCGCCCAGGAGAUUAAAUUAUUUUUAAUUGUUUGAGCGUGUGGUCAUUGGGGAAGUGUAUUAAUGAAGUUUAGUGAUUUCCACACUAAUUAUUGGCAGUAAUUGAAUUAUGCCCGUCAUAAUGACGACAUGUUCUGUGAAGUGAAGUGAAGUGAAGUUAAUUAAUAUAAUUUUAGAAAUUAUCGCGAUAAUUUUUACGUAAUGGGUUAUGUUAAGGGACUUUGUUCAAUCAUUUAGCGUUACUUUAUCAUAUUCAAAUUCAAUUGUUUUGGGGUUUCUUGAUUUAGUUGCUGUUUGAUUCUACUUUUGAGUCUCGGAUUGGAUUGAUUCACAAUUUCUUGAAGUUUAAUUCUUUCUGCUUCAAUUCUUUGAUUCUACUUAACCAUAUAUUACUAUUGACUUUAUUUUAUUGAAAAAGAAAAAAAGGGAGAACAAUGGCUCUUUCUUUCACUAGAUUUUCAUUGUGGUGGUUGGGAGGUAAAGAGAAAGAGCAGGUCUCUUAUGGUUCAUCGGCGAAUCCAAUAAAUACUUUGGGUGAUUGGGGUUUGAGAGGAGAAUCUGAAAGUUUGAAAUUUUACUCAGUGAACGGGGCUGAUAGAAGAAUGCCCUCUUCAAGUUCGACUAGAAAAGUGAGAAGGAAAUGGAAAAGUAGGGAGGAGAGGAGGAUUGACAAGGAGUAUGAUGUGGUGUUGGUGCCAUCAGAUGGGGUUUGUUUGUCCGGUUCUGAAUCUGAUGAUUCGGAUUGGUCAAUUGGCUGGCUUGAACCACAUUCUUCCGAUUUCCUUGGUGAUGUUGAUGCCGAUGACAGUUUUGCUGUGUUAGUCCCCUGCUACAGGCAUGACUGCAAGGAAUUAGAGGGGCUGGAGGUGCCUAAUAAACAGUUCUUUAGUGCUAUUAAGAACUUUCCAAAUGAUUACUCUGCUGAGGGCAAGAAUUCUGUGGAAGAGUGGCUUUCCUCUCUCCAAAAUAUGUGAAGCUGCGGUGUCUCUGAACAUGAUUACUGCUGCACUGUGUUACCAUGGAACCAAAAGAACCAAAAGCCAUAACUCUACUAGUUAUAACAUCCAAGUAUGGCUCCAAGUAGGAGGAGACUGUGUCAAAGCUUCGAUUUCAUGACAACGGCUAGAACUGUAAUCUUUCUGUAGAACACUGCAUUAUGUUUUGUUCUUCAUGUUUUGUGUUAGAUGUGUGUUGACCACUUCUCUUGGAGACUUUAAUAUUGAACUGAUUGCUUAGUGUAUAUACAAUCAAUGUGAAUAUGUUUAAAAUGUGUAUGCUUCCAACUUGCUGCUAUUGUUAGCACUUUCUGCUUUUCCGUAAUUAGUCGAUCACAAAAAGCUGUUCAUCUUGUGCAUAAAUGCUUUACUGUCGUUGUAAUCUGUCGUCCUUUGGAUUGUACAUAAUAUUGGAGCCUUUGCUAGAAUUA